AAACUCCUCUGUGUCACUUCCACCCUCAGAGUCGAUGCUCUGCAGCGUUUCAUUGCAACACAGCAGCUUCUCCUGAGCCAAACAGUUAAAGAGAGAAGCAGCGAUGAGUUUUUCUGCAGCAGCAGCAACUGGGUUUGUUGUCCUGUUCCUCUCUGUGACAGUGGGACAAGAUGAACCUGCCUGGUCAGUUAAAUAUGAUCCAUCUCAGAUCUGUGCCUUUAGAGGAUCAACAGUGACGAUAAAAUGCUCCUAUAAAUAUCCAUAUAUAAUAGAUGGAAUAAAAACAGAAGUUAAAACAAGGUUCUGGUUCACUAAAGUAAAUAAUCGAGUCCCUGUGAAUCUGAUGAACGACUCUGACUAUAAAGAUCGAAUAACUUAUUAUUUUACAAAGAGCAGCAGCGUUCUGACAAUCAAAGAUCUGAAACAAAGAGACUCAGCAAAGUACAAGUUCAGGUUCAUAACAAACCAACCAGGUGGAGAAUUUACUGGUUCACCUGGAGUCACCUUGACUGUUCUAGACCUCAGAGUUCAGGUCAGAAGAUCAGAGACGCAGACGGAGCUGAAGUGUGAAAGCAGCUGUGAUCAAAUCAAACCUCCUUCAUAUGUUUGGUUCAACAAAGAGGAGAAAAUGGAGCAACAGAUUUCUUCUAUAGUCGUCUCAGUCAGAGAUGGAGACAGAUAUUCCUGUUCUGUUAAAGGACACGACGAUCUCCGCUCUCCCUCUGUGUAUGCUCCAGAGUUUCUCUCUGCUAAACUGAUGUCCUCUGGUCAGAUAACUGAGGGACGUUCAGUGACUCUGAGCUGCAGCAGUGAUGCUAACCCAGCAGCUAAAUACACCUGGAGGAAGAAGAACAACCAAUCAGUUGUCAGUACAGACCAACAGUUUGUCCUCAGCUCCAUCCUGUCCUCAGACUCUGGACAGUAUUACUGCACAGCUCAGAACCAGCUGGGAGAGAAAACAUCUGGACUCGUCUCUGUCCAGGUCACAUAUGCUCCCAGGCCUCCCUCUGUGUCAGUGACUCCCUCUGGUGAAAUCAUGGAGGGCAGCCUGGUGACUCUGAGCUGCAGCAGUGAUGCUAACCCAGAAGCUAACUAUAGCUGGUACAAGGAGGGAGAGGAGGCGCCAAAAGCUUCAGGACAAAACUUCACCAUCACUAACAUUUUGUUCAAGCAGAGAGGAAACUAUUACUGUGAAGCUCAGAACAGCAGAGGGCGCUGUAACUCCACUGUGACCGUGAACGUUGUGGCAGGUCAAUCAAUGUCAACGACGAUCAUCAUCAAGCUGACUCUAUUCAUCCUGAUUUCUCUGCUUGUCCUGAUUAUUUCUUUAAGAACACUGAGAACUAUGAAAAUGAACAGAAAACUAACUGAACCAAUAGAAAUGGAGGUGAGAAGGACUAGUGAGGUCACAUAGUGAAUAUUCAUUGAUCUGAAUUUAACCAAUCAGCUCAGGAUUACAUGAUGACAUGUUUCUGUUUUUGGUUCAUUGUUGUUAUUCAGGUACUGUAAAUGCAUAUUUUAGAAAAAACAGCAGGUUUAAAACAAAACUAUGAAUGUGCAGUGCUGGAUUUCAACAAAAUAAAAAGUAGAAACAUGCAAACACAAAAUCAACAAACAACGAACCGAAUACUGUUUGUACAUAUUGAGUCUCUGAGUUAUAAAGACUGCAAGUAGUGAGAAGAAUUGUAAACUGUUAUGAAAUGUUAAAGAAUCACGACAAUAGCAGCUUGUGCUGCAUAAAGAAGCUGAAAGGUCAGAGGUCAGCCCUCUGUCCUUCAGACUAUUUGGAUGCAGCUGCUUCAGUUCACGUCCAGCAGAGGUCACAGAGAAGAUUCACCUGGAACCAGUCAAGGUCAACCAUGGAGGAGUCAUGAACCCAGUUUACCACGACCCGUAACCAAGGAGACGGUUGGAGUGAAACCAGAAGAAGCAGAGAGGAAGUCCAUAUAAGGUUGUAACAGAGCGCAGCAUCAACACCUGCAGAGACUGUACUCUCCUACUGUAUUUUAAUAUCUUCAUAUCUAAUCCCUAAUUAUAUGUUGGUCAUGUUUAUCUGCUCAUAUUAAAGCUUAGAACGUUGA